UUGAAUUGAACCAGACACUGGUAGGGUUAAUUAGCACCAAACAGCCUGCUCCCUCGAUUCCUUUUGCUCUCCCUUCCCUUCGCUUUCUGUCAGAUUCAAUCCUUCUUCCCUUUCUUGCUGCCGAUCUCCAUUUUUGGCUUGAGCUUUGGAUCACUGCGGGGUUCAGUGGUUGCCUCGGUUCCAAUUUCUCACCUUUUCAUGUCUUUCUUGUCGUCGACCUAGCUGCUGCGACACGAAUAUUUGAGCUGCUGCAGCCUGCCAUCUUUCUCCAAGCUCUUAGUUAUCAAAUUGUAAUCCUUCUUAAAUUCAGAUGCAUUUCAGUUGAUUUAAGUGGAAUGCUUGGAAAAUUGGGCAAGAAAAUAGAGUGAACUGCGAUGGAGUGCGUGGUACAAGGGAUUAUUGAGACACAGCAUGUUGAGGCCCUUGAGAUUCUUCUUCAGGGUCUUUGUGGUGUUCAUAGAGAAGAUUUCAGGAUCCAUGAACUAUGUCUGAAAAGUGGUCCAAACCUUGGACUUGUUGCUUCAGAAGUUCGACUUUUGUUUGAUCUUUACCAGGCUGAACCUACUUGGACGGUUAAACAUGUUGGAGGUGCAAUGAGAGGUGCUGGUGCUGAUCAAAUCUCAGUCCUGGUGAGGACAAUGGUAGAAAGCAAAGCAAGCAAGAAUGUGCUUCGCUUAUUUUAUGCACUUGGCUAUAAAUUGGACCAUGAGUUGCUUAGGGUGGGAUUUGCCUUCCAUUUCCAAAGGGGUGCUCGGAUAACUGUGGCUGUCUCAUCUGUUAAUAAGAUGCUAAAACUACAUGCAACUGAUGGUGACGAGGCAGUGCCAGUUACCCCUGGCAUACAACUGGUUGAAGUAACGGCCCCUGCAACAUCUGAAAAUUAUUCUGAAGUUGUUGCUGCAGUGUCAUCCUUCUGCGAAUAUCUUGCACCGCUUCUGCAUUUGUCAAAACCAGGUGUUUCAACAGGGGUUGUUCCUACUGCUGCUGCCGCUGCUGCAUCCCUUAUGUCUGAUGGUGGAGGCACCACCUUGUAGCUGCAGCAGCAGCAAUUUAAAGUUCCAUGUUGUGAAGGAGAAGAUGUCUUCAAGGAUUUAUUCGAGUUUUAGGUGCCUAUGUAGAGUGAUUCUAUUGUAGAAUAGAAUGCCAAGGAAGAAGAUUGCUUGAUGGAGGCCAGGCAUGAGGGAAUGUGUGGCCUCAUUUUUAAGUUUGUGAUGUAAUUAUAAUAUUUUAUAUUCUCUGGCCUAUUCAAUUGGUGGUAAAAGUUUAUAUAUUUUUAUUUUUGAAGAAAA